CCGCUACUAGAGAAAAGACGAAUCCAGGCACGGCAAUCAUUUCCUGCACAUUCGCUUCCAACUCAGACGACGGCCUCUCCAUGAGAGCCUCUAUUGGGGACUUCUCAACUGAAAGUUUCGUUACUGCAACUUCUACUGACAUCAGUGAUGGAUCAUCGUUACAAUCGAACUUUACACUUUCCAUUGAUGACAUAGAAACUAAAACAAUUUACUGUUUUGUUGGCAAUUCGACCAGUGACGAGGGACUUGCUUAUAUCAGCUUACGCCCUCAGGGGACAUUUGUUCUUCCGGUCUACAACAGCCAGCCUAGAUUAGCGGAGCAAGGCUACAGUUAUCUGGUUAUUGCAUGGGAUUCCUGGGAACCUGGCGAUGAUGUUGGAGAUGGUCCUGUCAUCGGUUAUAAAGUAUACGUUACCUCUUCGGAUGGAAACGAAACAGUCACCUCUAUUACUGCAUCAGGUGUCCCAAGAGAGAGGGAAUCUUCAAGAAGACGAAGGGAGGAUGCGGAAUGGAUGAAUUCUCCUAUGGUCGGACCUCCAAGGAUUUUGCCAUCAAGGAAGAAGAGACAAGGGGAUGCAGGAACACUGAUGCACAAUGUUACCGGUCUGGAUGAUGGUCAGUCGUAUCUGAUUCAGAUUUCAGCAGUUCGUGAUGGCCUGAACGGUGAAGGAGAAAAGGGUCCGGCUUUAAGUGUGACAACUCGGGAAAUAGAACCCCCUCCGGGUCCUUCUUCAACUGGUGCUAUUGUAGGUGGAGCAGUCGGUGGAAUAAUCUUCAUCGUGCUGCUGAUUGUCAUCAUAAUAAUUGUACUAAGAUGGAGAAGAAAACCUCGCCCCAAGCCGGUCUCCUAUUCCUAUGAUAAUGAUUACAUUGGUGGCAUUUCAACAGAGGAUGAAACUGGAAAAUCUGACACACCAAAAUCAACUGACACACUAAAAUCAACUCCAAAUGUGACACCACGUAAACCUGUCGUACGACCAAAGCCCUCUAUCGCCGCCGAAUUACGGGUGACUUCCAAUGGUGUAGACCAUGCUGAUGUACCGGUAUCCAGGUCAGAAGAAGCGCCCAAGGAGCGCCAUCCAAUACCAAUUUCACAGUUUGCCACACUAGUUCAGAACAAUAGAUAUACAGAUAUGUUCUACGAAGAAUUCCAUUGCCUACCAGAAGCAAACAUCUUUCCUCAAACGGUUGCCAAGAAGAAGAUCAACUUUGAGAAGAACAGAUACAAGAAUAUCUUGCCAUACGAUUCAUCAAGAGUUGUCCUGCCAAUCAUAAAUGGAGACCCUGAAUCCCAUUACUUCAACGCUUCAUUUCUGCCGAGCUUUGGAAAUGAGCAUGCAUAUAUCGCCUCACAAGGCCCAAAUAAUGCGAGCAUGAUUGAUUUCUGGCGGUUGGUAUGGAAGGAGAAUGUAAAAACAAUUGCCAUGGUAACGAACCUCCAAGAAGGAAACAAGAUAAAAUGUCGCCAAUACUGGCCAGAGUCGAAAUCUGUGACCUUUGGUGACAUCUUUGUCAAUUUGGAAUCUGUUACGAAUUGUACCGGAGGAUUAAAGAGAACAAUGUUCAUGAAAAGGGGUGCCGACACCAAGGUUGUGAACCAGUUCCACUUUACUCAGUGGCCAGACAAAGCAGUUCCAAGCAGCACAAGUGUUCUGCUUAGAUUUAUUGAUGAAGUGCAAAAGGAUCAUAGUCAAAAUGACUCUCCUCUCCUGGUUCAUUGCAGUGCUGGUGUUGGAAGGACUGGUGUAGUGUUGAGCAUUGACAGUGUGGUAGCUGAAGCCAAGAGAACCAAUCAAGUGGAUAUCUUUGGAUACGUGUCCAAGAUGAGACAACACCGCCCUUACAUGGUGCAGACACAGGAGCAAUACAAGUUUGUGUACAUUGCAGUCCUGGAAGCUCUCUUGUCUGAAAAUACCAGAAUCCAAGCCUGCUACUUUGAAUCUGCAUUGAUGAAACUUCAAGUAGUAACCAGAAACAAAAAAGGGAUGUCCACUCUACUGGGCAAACAAUUUCAGAACCUGACGAUCGUUUGCCCUGAUCCCCCAGCAGCAAUGGUAAGAACUGGUACACAGGCUGAAAAUCGGUCAAAGAGUCGAUAUGCCAAUAUUCUUCCACUGGAAAGGAACCGUGUUAUUCUGCAAUCUAAGAGCUCUUCGGAUUCUGACUUCAUCAACGCCAGCUUCGUUAGGGGCCUUCGAUACGGAUUCAUCACAACACAGAUGCCCAUGCCGAAUACCGUUGGUGAUUUCUGGUCAAUGGUAAUCGACUAUCAACCCGCGAUCAUUGUUAUGCUCAAUGAUGACAGCCGUGAUAAGAGUUGCGCUCAAUACUGGUUUGACAAUAGCGUUACAACCUUUGGAUCUGUCUCUGUAACCACGCUGUCAGUCUGUGAAAGAGAAGGGUUCAUUAUCAGAGAGCUUCAAGCAACUCGGGACAACUCACAGGUUUGUCACGUUGUGAAGCAGUACCAGUUCCUGGAGUGGCCAACUAAAGCAAAACAACAGAGAGACCGUGCCAAGAGUCUCCUUGAUUUCAUUGGAGAGGUUGAGGAUUCUUUCAGCGACAUUUCAGAGGAGUUUCCGGUCGUUGUUCACUGUCUGAACGGUGUUGGUCGAACUGGUGUCUUCUGUACAACUCUAGAGUGCAUUAAGCAGUUGAACACAGAGGACGCGGUUGAUAUAUUUCAAAUGGUCAAGAUGCUCCGGAAUGAGAGGACGCACUUUGUACAAACGGAGGAAGAAUACACUUUCAUCCACGAGUUGAUCAAUGAAUACCUACAUGAAAAUGACUACGAGCAGCUACCUGUACCGGUAGAGGAUGACGAACACACGUACGGGAACGUGGAGUCUACCGCAGCCCCGGAUGUGACGGGCGAGGGCGUGUAUGAGAUUGCAAGCAUCCAAGAUGGCGCCGGGAACAGGCCCGUGUCGUAUCGUAACCUUGCAGGAAUAGAUGGCAGGCAGAGUGUUGCUGCUGCAGAGCAAACGAGCACUGAGGAACGAACAGCUCAACCACCGAGAGACGAUGUCUAUGAAAAUGUGAAUUACCGGUAAUACUAAGAAUAUAUAUAUCCGGUAGAAAACACCAACACCCUCUUGAAACACUUCCGUUUGUGUGUAUUAUAGUUUUCAUUAAAAUAUGACUUGGAGUUGCAGAAACAGCUAUAUAAAAUUGGCAAUGUAAAAAUGAAAGGCAAAUAUUCAUAGCAACAGACACUACAAUAGGCGUUCGCUUGAAGUUAAAAAAAAAAACAUUUACUUUUGGAGGCUCAUUAAUCCAGGUUGUUAUCCAUAAUUAGGUCGCAUAUACACGUAUAUUUUACAAGCUUUGUAGAGGUGCAAUAUCUAGUGUACCAUUGUACGAGUUAAUAUAAGGAACUGUGCUGGUUCACAGCAAUUAAAUAGUAUAAUGAUGUUUGUCUAAAUAGGCGUACACAUUCGUUUUUCUUUCUGAUGAUUGGAGACAUAAGUCUGAAAGUGCCUGUCUGCCGUGUAAAUAAGGUUUUUGAGCAACCAUCUAAAGAUAUGAAGUCAUUAGGCUAUGCCCCAUCAGAAAAGAAUCGGCAAAUGAAGCAUUUAUUGCCAAAUACAUAUCUGAUAAAAUAGUAUACUGCACUUAGUGGUUCUUGAUUAAGGUUAAAGUUAACGAAUCGAUUAUCUUUUGCCAGAUUUUUAUUAAAGACAUCUUAUUAAAAUAUAUAUAGAACAUAUGUGGACUUAUUCUUAUCAAGUAUAUGUUAUAAGAAAAUACAAGAAAUAAUAGGUUCAUAAGUAACGAUUUUAAUUAUGAGUGCGUGUGUGUCAGGGUGUGGGUGCGUGUGUGUAUGUGCAGAUAUUGUCUCCUUAUAUAGUGCAGUAUGGCUGUCUUUUGUGAAUAAAACGUUCCAUUACUCCUUGUCUUGUCUCAAAUAACACUGUUCCUUCUCGUUCUUUUUCUCCUAUUUCUCCAUGUUUUGUAAAUUUGUGCAAAUUAUAUGAAUGCAAUCAUUCUUGUCCAUGUUCAUUGCUGAAAUAUCGCAGGUUUUCAAGUGAGUGUAUGUAUGUGGUAUAUUGUCAUAACUGUACUAUGUAGUGUAAAGAUUUAUUGUGUAGGUUUCAAACAAUUAUGAAAUAUUUUUACAACGGAACAGUACUUAUAUCUCCAUCUCUCCAUAGCACGAAUAUUGCCUUAUAGGCCUUUUCUUGCUCAUGUGAACUACUAAUGUUAUACAAGCUAUUGCCAAUAAGCCAGUUCGUAGUUCGUUUCUGCGCAUGAUCAAAAGAUUCUACGCAUGAUCAGAGGAAGGUUAUUUGUA